AUGAGAUGGAUGCAGACUUAUAGGGAAGUAUCAGUUGUUCUGCCAUUGGAGAAGAAGGCAACUGAUAGAAUAAGUAUCACUGCAGGAGACAGGCUUGUAAUUAGAAUGAACAAAGAGACAGUGCUGGACAGAGAGCUAUACCUACCCGUGAAGGAAGAUGAGUGCAUUUGGUCAUUUGAAAACAAAGAAGUGGAUGUCCUCCUGGUAAAAAAAGAAAUGGGGCCAUGGAAAAGCCUCUUCAAAGGAGACCCAGAAGAAGUGCAGGACAUUCCCGUUGAGCCAAUAGGUGAUCUCUCAGAGCUAGGAGAUGAAGCACAGAAGAUAAUAGAAAGAGCAAUGGAAGAAGAAAACAUUGUGAAAGCAUAG